CUGGGCACCUUAAAAAGACAUGAACGUAUACACACAGGAGAGAAGCCUUACUCCUGCUUUGACUGUGGGGCGAGUUUCUCUCAACUGGGCACCUUAAAAAGACAUGAACGUAUACAUACAGGAGAGAAGCCUUACUCCUGCUCUGACUGUGAAAAAUGCUUCAAAAGAUCAACUGCUCUAAAAGUUCACCAAAGAAAUCACACAGGAGAAAAGCCUUACUCCUGCUCUGACUGUGGAAAGAGUUUCUCUCAACUGGGCGACUUAAAAACACAUGAACGUGUACAUACAGGAGAGAAGCCGUAUUCCUGCACUGACUGUGGGAAGAGCUUCACCACAUCAACUAAGCUAAAAGUUCAUCAGAGAACACACACGAGAGAGAAGCCUUAUUCCUGCUCUGACUGUGGGAAGAGUUUCUCCCGAUUGGAUAAUUUAAACACACAUGAACAUAUACAUACAGGAGAGAAGCCUUAUGUCUGCUCUGACUGUGGAAAAUGCUUUAAAACAACAGCUGAGCUAAAAGUUCAUCAGAGAACACACACAGGCGAGAAGCCUUACUUAUGCUCUGACUGUGGGAAGAGUUUCUCUCGACUGGGCCACUUAAAAAUACAUGAACGUAUGCAUACAGGAGACAAACCUUACCCCUGCUCCAAUUGUAUAAAAUGCUUCACAACAUCAACUGAGCUAAAUGUUCAUCAGAGAACACACACAGGAGAGAAGCCUUACUUCUGCCCUGACUGUGGGAAGAGUUUCUCUCGUCUGGGCAACUUGAAACUACAUAAACGUGUACAUACAGGAGAGAAGCCUUACACCUGCUCUAAUUGUAUAAAAUGCUUCACAACAUCAACUGAUCUAAAAGUUCAUCAGAGAAUACACACGGGAGAGAAGCCUUACUUAUGCUAUGACUGUGGGGCGAGUUUCUCUCGACUGGACCACAUAAAACUACAUGAACGUGUACAUACAGGAGAGAAGCCUUACAUCUGCUCUGACUGUGGAAAAUGUUUUAAAACAACAGCUGAGCUAAAAGGUCACCAGAGAACGCACACAGGAGAGAAACCUUACUCCUGCUCUGACUGUGGGAAGAGUUUCUCUCAACUGGGCCAGUUAAAAGUACAUGAACGUAAACAUACAGGACAGAAGCCUUACUCCUGCUUUUAUUGUGUAAAAUGCUUCACAACAUCAUCUGAGCUAAAAGUUCACCAGAGAACACACACAGGAGAGAAGCCUUACUCCUGCUCUGACUGUAGGAAGAGUUUCUCUCAACCGAGCCACUUAAAAAGACACCAAGGUAUACACACUGGAGACAAGCCUUAUCACUGCACUGACUGUGAGAAGAGAUUCUCUCAACAGAGCAAUUUAAAAAGACACCAAAGUAUACAUAAAGGAGAGAAGCCUCAUCAGUUCUCUCAGACCAGCGAAGAUUAG